AUGAUGGCGGUCCCAUCAGCACCUAUUGCCCCGGCGAAGAUAUCGCCAUCCUCUUCAAUGGUUGUCACAGUCAUUCCUUCGAUCAUCGAUCCUACAUGCGGGACAUCACCCGCUCAAUAUCGUCAUUCAACAAUGGAAGUCCUCUGGAAUUCCAUGCAAAUACUUUCUCGCAAUUUGUACUGCAUUCCUCAGAUGAUGGGAUCUUUCACUUUUAGUGUGGCCCAAACGAUCCCUAAGAGCUCAGCGAGAGAUAUGUAUGAAAUGGGCAUCCAGUGUAUGUUAUGUAUUAUGGAGUGUUGGGCAAUGCUUAUGGUCAUACCGGCAUUCUUGACGAUGCCUGGAGCGAUGUUCAUGAUGUGUUGUGCGGCUAUGUGGGGAGCUAUGAUGGGGAUGGCAUGGCUAUUGAGAGGAAACGAGAGAAUUUGUGAAAGUAUAAUGCCUGUUGGAGACUUUGGGGACGAGAAAUGGAUUUUUGUUAAUGGUAGUUGUACCAGCUACACUCAAAUGAUGCAUCACCUCACUCGACUGAGUAUCAUUUUCCACCGUCGCAUGACCGGAAUCCACAAUCGCACCUUGGGGCUCCCUCUUGACCUUCUCCUCCACUUCCUUUCGAUUACCAUGCCCAUCCACCGCACUAUGUACUCGCAUCUUCGCGAAACUCUUUUGACACCCAGUAUCCAAAAAGUUGUCAUUCUAUCACAUUCAACCGGCUCCAAGAUCGUCUCUGAUAUCCUUGAUCAACUACAUGCCGAUCUCCCAGCUAGUUUAAUGGCGAAAUUGGAGAUCUAUACUUUCGGAGCUGCAGGUGGCUCUUUCUCGAAUCCGCUGGUCAAUUCGCUAUGUAUGGAACUUGGCGCUCUUGGAGAAAACGAAAAUACCAAUAUGAAAGCUUCUUAUGAACGCGUAAUACCUCACAUUGAACAUUACCUUCCUCUUACAUCCUCGCCGCUAUCUACUAUGUCAAUCUUGCAUCCGGUCUUGCAUACUCUAGACUCUCGAUUCUGUGGCAGAAUGUUCAUCUUGAAUGGGUUUCACCCAGUCUUGUUCGAGCAAUACUUGGAUAUGAUGUUCACUUGGCGCAAAUCCGUCAAUUCGGUUGAUGGGUCUGAAACUCGAGGAUUCUGGGAUGAAAUGGUCCGAGUUGAUGGAGAGACAGCUGAAAAGAGAGAAUUUACCGCGGGUGCAAGAGGUGCAGCUGGUAUGGGAAAGGGAGAGAGGAGAUGGAGUGGGAUGAUGCAGAUGGAGAAGGAGGGAAAGAGAAGACCGGGUGGUUGGAGCUGGUCGAAGAUGGGGAUGGAUGGUGUGGGAAUGACGAGGAGGGAGGCGAAGGCUUUGGAGGGAAAGAGAAUGAGAGAGGUGGGGAGGCUGGGUGGUUACGAGGGUGGCGAAAGACUAAGUGUGGGCUGGUUUGAGGGAAAGGGAAUGAUGGGGUUAGAGAAGAGGAUGGUGAAUGGCGGCCAGUGA